UGAAGAGGAGGGAUGUAAGACCUAACCUCUUCACUUUUCCUUUUGUUAUCAAGUCUUGUUCAAUGAUCCCUGCCCGUAUGGCGGGAGAUCAGGUUCAUUGUUUUGCUUUAAUAACUGGCCUCAGAUCGAACUUAUUUGUCGGAACUUCCCUAAUUGAAAUGUAUGCAAUCAAGGUAGGAGCGGGGCUAGCUUAUAAGAUGUUUGAGGAUAUGCCUGAAAGAAAUGUUGUUGUGUGGACUGCUAUAAUAAGAGCUUAUAUUGCUGUUGGUGAUAUGAAAAAUGCUUUUAAUCUUUUUAAUCAGUUAGAAGAGCAUGAUGUGAUAGUAUGGGGCACCAUGAUUUCGGCUUUCAUAGAACAUGGAGAUAUUGCCACCGCAGAGGAGCUCUUUGCUAGUAUGCCAGUGCGUGAUGUUCAAUCUUGGAAUACUAUGUUGUUUGGCUAUGCCAAUGGGGAUGAUAUUGGAGCUUGUGAGAGAUUCUUUGCAAUCAUGCCUGUUAAGAAUGUUUUCUCAUGGAAUGGGCUGAUUCAAGGGCAUGCUCGACAUGGUAAGUUCUCGAAUGUUUUGAAUAUUUUCCAUCAAAUGCUUAUUUCAACAAAUAUUAAGCCCAAUGAUGCUACUCUUUUGCUCGUGUUAUCGUCAUGUUCGAAGCUUGGUGCUCUCGAUUGGGGGAGAUGGAUCCAUUUGUAUUCUAAUAACAACGGAUUCAAUGGGAACAUCUACAUAAAAAAUGGGCUCAUCGACAUGUAUGCAAAAUGUGGUUGCAUCAACAGUGCAAUCGAUAUGUUCUCUGCAAUGGAAAAGAGAGAUGUUAUUACUUGGAAUUCAAUGAUCAGUGGUCUAGCGAUGCAUGGAAUGGGAUUGGAAGCAUUAGAGGUUUUUGAUCGUAUGUUGGAUAAUGGAGAGAAGCCUGAUGGGAUAACCUUUGUUGGAGUCCUGUGUGCCUGUGUCCACAUGGGUCUUGUCGAGAGGGGAUUACAAUUUUUCAGAAACAUGACAACGAGUUACUCUGUUGCUCCAGGGAUUGAGCAUUAUGGCUGCAUGGUGGACCUCCUUGGUCGAGUUGGCUUGCUUAAUGACGCCAUUUGCUUUGUAAAGGAGAUGCCAAUGGAGCCUGAUGAUGUUAUUUGGAGUGCUCUGCUUGGGGCGUGUCGAGCAUGGCGGCAUAUUUAUUUAGCAGAGAUAGCUAUGAGUCGACUCGUGAGGCUCGUGCCUGAUGAUGCUGCCAAUUAUGUUGUGCUAUCAAAUAUUUAUGGUGAUGUUGGAAGAUGGAAUGAUGUUGGUAGACUGAAGAAGGUGUUGAGAAGAAUGGAUGUUGGAAAGUCGCCUGGUUGUAGUCUUAUUGAGGUGAACAUGGAGGUGGUUGAGUUCUGUUCUUUGGAUGUGAGACAU